UGACGAUGGCGAUGAUGACAGGAAAGGGAAGAAGAAGAUUGGGGAUCCAAAAGACAAACUUCCUCAGGAGACCGGCCGUGGACCUAUAAUGAAAGAAAGAAGAAAGCGUUCUGCAUUGGGCCGCAGCAAUUGAAACCUAUGUGUAUGGGCAGCGAAUCCCAUACUAGGACAGGGUAUUAAUGGCAACUUCAUGCAUGGGAGGCGACGCCAUGAGCUUCGCCAUCUCGGAGCAAAAGGAGGCGGGAUGCAGCUCUAUGGUCGAGUAUUCGCAGCAAACGCGAAUUGAAGAUUUUCUUAAGUUGAUAAGAGAAAGAUUCGAGGAUAAGAAUUUAGCAAGACGCUCUGAAAUGCUAAUUCUCAGCCUUCCUGAUAGAAAAUGGAAGAGUACUUCUGCAUUAAAGGCAACUAUGGAUGAAUUGUUGCAAUGCCCUGAUCAUGGAUUAACGCCAGCCCAAAUCUUAAAUACUUUUGCACGAGCCCUCCCGGAUCCCCUGAGAACACAACUCUAUCCCCGCACCAAGGAGGAGGGGAUGACAUAUGAGAAGUUCGGCAAGAUCGCAAUAGAUCACGCCGGCUUCCUCGCCGAGGCGAACUAUUGCCAUUACUGGAAAGAUCUGCAAGCGGGAAAGAAAUGGCAAAACCGCACUAUCUCAGGGUCCAUACCUGGGAAGGACAGUCUCCUUCUAACCUUCGAGGAAGGAGGCGCCGAGACCAUCUCCUGGGAUCAGGUAGACUAUGGUCUCGAUGAACCCAACAGACCGGUAGCUCAGGAGGGGAGUUACGCGGCUGUUGCAGCCCGCGGGGGAGGGCGUCAAGGAAGAGGGCGUGGCCGAGGAAGAGGUCGCGRCCGUGGUGGACGAGGAUUCGGCACCCAGAGGGGUGGUGGUGAAGGAAGCCACUACGUGGGAGGAAGGGGAAAUGGUCCCUCGCAAGGUGGCCGUGGUUCUUACUCCACCUGGGGUAGAGGAAGAGGCUCAUGGGUAUUAAUGGCAACUUCAUGCAUGGGAGGCGACGCCAUGAGCUUCGCCAUCUCGGAGCAAAAGGAGGCGGGAUGCAGCUCUAUGGUCGAGUAUUCGCAGCAAACGCGAAUUGAAGAUUUUCUUAAGUUGAUAAGAGAAAGAUUCGAGGAUAAGAAUUUAGCAAGACGCUCUGAAAUGCUAAUUCUCAGCCUUCCUGAUAGAAAAUGGAAGAGUACUUCUGCAUUAAAGGCAACUAUGGAUGAAUUGUUGCAAUGCCCUGAUCAUGGAUUAACGCCAGCCCAAAUCUUAAAUACUUUUGCACGAGCCCUCCCGGAUCCCCUGAGAACACAACUCUAUCCCCGCACCAAGGAGGAGGGGAUGACAUAUGAGAAGUUCGGCAAGAUCGCAAUAGAUCACGCCGGCUUCCUCGCCGAGGCGAACUAUUGCCAUUACUGGAAAGAUCUGCAAGCGGGAAAGAAAUGGCAAAACCGCACUAUCUCAGGGUCCAUACCUGGGAAGGACAGUCUCCUUCUAACCUUCGAGGAAGGAGGCGCCGAGACCAUCUCCUGGGAUCAGGUAGACUAUGGUCUCGAUGAACCCAACAGACCGGUAGCUCAGGAGGGGAGUUACGCGGCUGUUGCAGCCCGCGGGGGAGGGCGUCAAGGAAGAGGGCGUGGCCGAGGAAGAGGUCGCGRCCGUGGUGGACGAGGAUUCGGCACCCAGAGGGGUGGUGGUGAAGGAAGCCACUACGUGGGAGGAAGGGGAAAUGGUCCCUCGCAAGGUGGCCGUGGUUCUUACUCCACCUGGGGUAGAGGAAGAGGCUCAUGGUAUAACAAGUGGGAUAAACCGUACCCACCACAUCCAGGUCUAUCCGAAGGGGAGCCUUGGAAAGAAUUGGGAAUCACAGAAAAAGUUUGGGCCGAAAGGAAGAAGGCAGCCCAAUGCCUCAAAUGUGGGGACCCCGACCACAUUGUCCCCUAUUGCCCUAACUAUAGGGGGGCAAAAGGGAACGGCCAGUAGAGGUGCCAGUUGCCUCUAUCGGGGCUUCGAAUGU